GGCUGUAUGACCCUCUGUCAAGAGCCUCCGUCCUUCAGAAGCUCAUUAAGCGCCUCCAGGAAGGACAGCGCAUCAAUUGGUAGGGUCCUCCGGGCCUCCUCUCUGCCUUUUUAAGCCUCUCACAGGCCGAGCAUAGUUAGAAAUGGACUCGAUUUAGAGGUAGCAGGGACAUGAAAGAUGUCGCACUGUGAGGAGGCACAUGCAACUUAUUAAAACAGCAGGAAAGGUAUUGGGACUCGAGCCAAAUAGGAUCUCACCCUGUUGUGCUGUGACCGGAUUUGGAGACAUUUGGACUUGUUGAGAUGCUCCUUCUGUUUUUGUCCUGAGAGCUUUGAUUGGCGUCACUUUAGCGCUCGUCUGGAUCGCAGACGGGCUAUAAAAGCGUCGCGUUCCCGGCGAGACCGCCGCCCGGGACUGAGCAGUGGAGAUGCAAGGCCACUUAGUCGACUCCACGUUGAUCGAUUUUGUCAAUGACAUGAACCUGAUGGAGCCGGCGGCUGAUGACGCGCGCAGCCCGAACAACCAGACGCGGCUGAGCGACUCGCCUUGGAGCGACCUGGAAGACGACGCGCGCACCGCGGGCAUCUGCGCCGUGAUGGGCGUGCCGACGUGCUACAGCCGCGGGGAGCGCGGCCGUCACAGCAGGUCCAAACGCCGGCGGAUCAUAACCGUGGUCCAGCGGCAGGCGGCCAAUGUGCGCGAAAGGAAGCGGAUGUUUAGCCUCAACGAGGCGUUUGACGAACUGAGGAGGAAAGUUCCAACAUUCGCCUACGAGAAGAGACUGUCCCGCAUCGACACUCUCCGUCUGGCCAUCGUCUACAUUUCCUUCAUGACGGACCUGCUGGAGAACACCUGAGUGCGAGAAGUCCAAUGUGAACUCUGUUCCCUUGGAGAUGGUAUUGCGUUUAUAAAUUUACUGUUCACAAUGUGAUGUGGGUCAAUUUCUGAAACCCAGAGAACAAACAUAUAUUUGACAACGUUCCAAAUCCUCCUAUCAAACAGAAAAGUAUGGCAAUGGAAAUGAUUUUGCCACCGACAUAAAUUAAUAGACAUGACCUAAAAAAUCUAAGAGCCGAUCCUCUAAAUAUUUGACCUAAUAUAUGUGACCUAAGAUAUGUUUUGCCUUAAAAUAAAUCGAAUUACUACAA